UGGCUCUGUCCGGUGCCGUGCGGUGCGGCCGUGGCCGGUGCGGGUUCCGGCCGGCAGGGGGCACCACCUUGGGGAGGAGUCCCCGCGCUGUCCCGCGCCCGCCGCAGCCGCCGCCCUGCGGAGCCGCCGGGACACGCACCCGCUGCCAUGGAUGACAUCUUCACACAAUGCCGGGAGGGUAACGCGGUGGCUGUGCGGCUAUGGCUGGACAACACCGAGAAUGACCUCAACCAGGGGGAUGACCAUGGGUUCAGCCCCCUGCACUGGGCCUGCCGCGAGGGCCGUUCAAACGUGGUGGACAUGCUCAUCAUGCGGGGGGCUCGCAUCAAUGUGAUGAACCGAGGGGAUGACACCCCACUGCACCUGGCUGCCAGCCACGGCCACCGAGACAUCGUGCAGAAGCUGAUGCAGUUCAAAGCGGACAUCAAUGCAGUGAAUGAGCACGGGAACACACCGCUGCACUACGCCUGCUUCUGGGGACACGAGCAAGUGGCUGAGGACCUGGUGGGCAGCGGGGCCCUAGUCAGCAUUGCUAACAAAUAUGGUGAGACCCCCACAGACAAGGCCAAGACACCACUGCGAGACAUCCUGAAAGAGCGUGCUGAGAAGCUGGGCCAGAGCCUCACCAAGAUCCCCUACAAGGACACGUUCUGGAAGGGCACGACCCGCACCCGGCCCAGGAAUGGGACCCUGAAUAAACUCGCUGGGAUUGACUUCAAACAACUGAGCCUGAGCCAGAAACUGAAUGAGAACCAGUCAGGAGAGCUGUGGAAGGGGCGCUGGCAGGGCAAUGACAUAGUAAUCAAAAUGCUGAAAAUCCGGGACUGGACAACGCGGAAGAGCCGGGACUUCAACGAGGAGUACCCAAAACUGCGGAUCUUUUCCCACCCCAAUGUGCUGCCAGUGCUGGGUGCGUGCCAGGCCCCUCCAGCCCCCCACCCGAUCGUCAUCAGCCACUGGAUGCCCUAUGGCUCCCUGUACAACGUCCUGCAUGAAGGGACCAAUUUUGUGGUGGACCAGAUGCAAGCAGUGAAGUUUGCCUUYGAUAUCGCACGGGGCAUGGCCUUCCUGCACACGCUGGAGCCCCUCAUCCCACGGCAUCACCUCAACAGCCGCAGCGUUAUGAUCGAUGAGGACAUGACAGCACGAAUCAGCAUGGCUGACGUCAAGUUCUCCUUCCAGUGCCCAGGGCGGAUGUACGCCCCGGCCUGGGUGGCCCCCGAAGCCCUGCAGAAAAAACCAGAGGAGAUCAACCGACGCUCGGCUGACAUGUGGAGCUUCGCGGUGCUGCUGUGGGAGCUGGUGACACGUGAGGUGCCCUUCGCUGACCUGUCUAACAUGGAGAUUGGUAUGAAGGUUGCACUGGAGGGGCUACGUCCCACCAUCCCCCCUGGCAUCUCCCCCCACAUCUGCAAGCUGAUGAAGAUAUGCAUGAACGAGGACCCAGCCAAGCGCCCCAAGUUCGAUAUGAUCGUGCCCAUCCUGGAGAAGAUGCAGGAGAAGUAGAGGGGAGGUGCCUCCCCCCUCCAGUACUGCCUUGCACCCCCCGCCACCCCCAAGUGCCUUUAGCCCUAGAGCCAAGGGGAGCAGAGGACACCCCUAACCCUGAGCCAGCCAUGGACACACGGUACAGAUGGCACUGCCUGCACUGGAGCUCUGCAAGCUCCAGACCCCCACCCAGGGUAGCCCCUCACCAACCCAACCUCUGGGCAGCCCCCAAUCCAGUGCAGCCCCCCUACCUGGGGCAGCUCCCCAAACAGGCAUGGUGUGUGGCCUGGCCCUGCUGCCAGGGAAUGGGGCUGUGGGGCCCCUGUCCCCUYGCUGGGUACAGCCCAACCUAGGACUCAGCCCCUCAAGGCUGGGGGRRAWGGGGCAGGCCAGGAGGGACUGCCCAUGGUGCCCAGCACUGCCCCUGCUUUGCGCUUCACCAGCCACUUCCCUCUGGCCCCGGAGUGGCCACUGGCAACCAAAUAAAAGUUUGGUAUGGAA